CUUCUAAAUGAUAUUUCUUUAUUCAAAUAAAAUUUGUAGACAUUAAUAAUAGUCCGUCAUAUUGUAAUUGAAAUACUCCUUUCCAAGGCUGGCAAACUCUUACCUUUUUUCCCACGCCAACUUCCUUCUCCAUUCCUCCUUAUUUUCCAUUGUUCUUCGGAAGCCGCUAUUUUUGCUUUUGCUUCUUCUCACUUCCAUUUGUUCUUCGAGAUCUACUCCUCGUUUCAGGUUGAUUUGUCGUUUCCAGAUGUACUGAAACAGCAAUGCGAAGAACGGAAUUAUUGGGAGGAUUUGAUUGAGGCUAAUUAGUUGAUGAAUUGUUGCUAGAGAAGAGAAAAAUGGCUUUUAUUCUGUAUGUUAUCAUUGCAUUGCCCUGUACGGUUGGAGCGAUUGCACUUGCAAUUUUUCACAUAUACCGUCAUCUUGUAAAUUAUACCGAACCUACUUUUCAGAGAUAUAUUGUUCGUAUUAUUUUCAUGGUCCCGGUUUACGCACUAAUGUCUUUCUUGGCUUUGGUCAUGCGUGAUAGAGCCAUAUAUUUUAAUUCUUUAAGAGAAAUAUACGAAGCAUGGGUCAUAUAUAAUUUCUUAUCCCUCUGCUUGGCGUGGGUUGGUGGACCAGGAGCCGUUGUGCUAAGCUUGAGCGGACGAGUUUUGAAGCCUUCAGUGUGUCUGAUGACAUGUUGCUUCCCUCCAUUACCGUUAGACGGUCGUUUUAUUCGGAGGUGUAAACAAGGGGGUUUACAGUUUGUCAUUUUGAAACCCAUUCUAGUGGCUGUUACGUUUAUACUCUAUUCAAAGGGGAAGUAUGAAGAUGGAGACUUCAGUGCAAAGCAGUCCUACCUCUAUAUCACAAUUAUAUAUACCAUCUCAUAUUCAAUUGCUCUCUAUGCAUUGGCCUUGUUUUAUGUGGCGUGCCGAGAUCUUCUCCAUCCAUUUAAUCCUGUUCCCAAAUUUAUAUUGAUAAAAUCGGUUGUUUUCUUGACAUAUUGGCAGGGUGUCUUGGUUUUUCUUGCAGCCAAGUCUAGACUCAUAAAAAACGCAGAGGAUGCUGCUGAUAUUCAAAAUUUUAUUAUUUGUGUUGAGAUGCUCAUGGCUGCCAUUGGUCACUUUUUUGCUUUCCCUUACAAAGAGUAUGCUGGUGCCAAUAUCGGUGUUUCUCCUGGUCUCACUGGGAGCCUUGCUCAUGCGUUAAAACUGAAUGACUUCUAUCAUGAUACAGUUCAUCAGUUUGCACCAACUUAUCAUGAGUAUGUGCUUUACAACCAUGGUGAUGAAGAAGGGCCGAGGAAGUACAGGUCACGGACUUUUGUGCCUACUGGACAAGAGAUGGAUGCUGUCCGAAGGAAUAAACACAUGUUUGGGAACAAACUGGAUGACAUACAACUUUCAAGCCAAUCAUCAUCUGCCGUGAGCAGCCCGGAAAAUCCUGUUACUGGAACGAAUUUAAACUCAGAGAAGAUGAAUACUUCUCUCCUUGUUGACACUACAAAUUCUGUAACGGUCCCAUACGAUAUGACUCUCAUUGAUCUAGACCUUUCCAGUUACCCUUCAGAUGUUCCUGCAAUUGGCGACACCACGAAAAGGUGAUAAAUCGGAAGGCGCUUUGCAGGUUAUGCAAAUAUUGUCUCAUGUUACAAAAUCCUUUGUACUGAGAUUAAAACCACCCAUGGCUGAAAUCAGUGUUAAGAUAUUACCCGAAAGGAGUCAUUUAUUACAAAGGCAUGUUAUCAUUUGCUUGUAGCUUCUGCCCUCUAGGUGUUUCUGGAUUAGGCGUCUCGUGAAGUGUAAAUUAUAGGUAGACUUGUUUUCAGAUGAGUUUUUUUUUGUUCUUUCGGUUGUAAAGCUCAGACCACGCCGUUGAAUUUUAACAUAGAUUGUUACAUCUAGCCACCAUGAAAUGAGUUAUGGAAAGGUAUUUUAUGCUGCUGUGUUUUGAAUGCUGAACUGGCUCUUGUUAUUUCAUAUGGGCAUUAUAGGGAAUAUUUUGACAAUACAAACAGUUGUAUAGGUUGCAGUCAUCUUUUAUCUAUAGGCUUCAAUACCAUGUUGUGCUACUUAACAAAAUAUUUUUGAUAAACUGUUUACAUUGGCGA